CUGCCAGUUUGUGUUUGGCUUCGCUCAGGAAUGCUGUAAAGUUUGUUCACACAAUUGCUUGUUUUUCUAAAAAGCGGCAAUGAGCUCUCCACUCUCCCCUCAUCUCUCCUAACUUGGCUGGCGGACAAGGACAGUGUAAUUUAAUGUGCCCAAAACAGAGGAGGAGGAACAGCCACCGGAGAGAGAAAUAGUUUGCUUUGGCAAGCAAGUGGGAAGCUGUUCAGGGGCCGGACCCAAAGGUUCAGGGGGACACCAUGGCGCCAAUGCCAGUCUGGUCAAUGCUACUUCUCCUGAUGGUCUUGCUGGGACCCUGGCCAGCCUCCACCCAGAGGGAAACCCGUCACCAGAAGUUCCAGCGGCAGCACGUCAACUACCCGAAGACCAGCCCUGAGCUGGAGCCCCGGCGCUAUUGCAACCUCAUGAUGCAGAGCAGAAAGAUGACCACGAAUGCCUGCAAGCCCUCCAACACCUUCAUCCAUGGGAGCCCCGAGGAUGUGGACGCCAUCUGCACCCACGGAGGCACCCACUCCAGUGAGAAUUACUACGACAGCAACGUCAGCUUUGAGGUCACCUCCUGCCGGAUCUCUGGGGGCUCCCAGAGGCCCCCCUGCAGCUACAGAGGCAGACUCAGCUCCCAGCACGUCCGAGUGGCCUGUGUCAAUGGCGUGCCGGUUCACUUCAAAGCUGCCCUUUAGGUUGCCGAGCAUCGGAGAGAGGGUCCGUGGUGCUGACCUGUGCAGCCCAUUGUAGGUGACACUCAGCCAUGUUAGACCCUGGAAAGGUUAGAGAGUCCACUGCAAAUUAGUACAUUUUUUUAUAUCUCAGUUAGGAUUUGCUGUUGCUGUAGAUCUACUAUCCUGUCUUCUGCUGCUGCCCCUCCCCCUUUUCCUCAGUAAGCUGAUAUUUUGAUGAUUUGCCCUGACGCUUUGCAUCAAGCAUUAUAAAAUGACCCCGUCCUACUUCCGUUUAUCGUUCGGUUGCCUAAAAGUUUGCCUACAAGACAGGUGUGACCUUGGAUCAGUUACAACUUCGUUCAGAGCUGUUCUCUCAGGAGCAGUCCUCGAAAGAGCUCUCUCAGGCCCACCUACCUCAAAGGGUGUCUGUUGUGGGGAGGGGAAGGGAAAGGGAAAGGGAUGGUAAGCCACUCUGAGACUCCUUUGGGGAGUGAAGGGUGGGGUAUAAAUCCAAUCUCCUCCUCCUCCUCCUUUAAAGGAGUGUCAGUAACAGCCAUUCUCUGUUCCCUGGGAACUGUAGCUCUGUGAGGGAAAGGAUGAAGGGUCCUUAAUCCUUAGCACCACCUCCAAACUACAGUUCCCAUGAUCCUUCAGAUGAAAGUAUGACAUUUAAAGUGAUAUGAAGCCAAUAGAAUUCAUAGCGUUGUUAUCUUUGCUGGUGCAGCCAAUUUCUAGCUAGCACACAUUUUUUACACCUCAGGAAAUGGGAGGCGAGGGAGACGGAAUUUCCCAAGGCAGAGGGCCCAGUUUGAUCUCCCUCCUCAUUCUGUUAAGCACUGAUAAAGUGGAGAGCUGAGGAUAAAACCAAAUCCUACCCCAUUUUGUGGCAAUGGAGCGACAACCCCGUGCUACUAAUAUCCCAUCUCCUUGGGUGCAUCUGUGAUUAGUUUCAAGAGGAUCCACAUGCAAGUUGUAUAGAUGUGUUUUAAAAGAGGCAUUCCUUCUCGCAUUGGUUGGGUUCCCGACUCCAGGUUGGGGAAUCCCUAGAAAUUUGGGGGCGGAGCCUGGCAUAGCUGGGGUUUGGGUACGGGAUAGAGUUCGGCAGGAAUGUGAUGUCAUAGAACCCACCCUUCCGGAUCCUCCUUUUCCCUCCAGGGGAACUGGCCUCUGUAACCUGGAGAUCCGGUGUAAUUCCAGGGUAACUCCAGCCCCCACCUGGAGGUUGGCAUCCCGAUGUCUGAGUGAGGAAGUGGAAAGCCUCUUCCAAGAUGAUGCAUUUCUGCAGUUUUUAUAAGUCAUUUACUCAAAAAUAACUCUUGUGGGAAUGAAACGUGUCUGUCAUUCUGAGAACUGAACAGUCUCCCUUUGCAGCUUUAUAUAAUAAAGUCUUCUUAUAUACACCA